AAAAAUAAUUGAAUAAUAAUUUCAAAAUAAUGUCGACUGAUAUGAAUGAAAAUUUAGAAGACGAAAUAAGCCUAACUGACAGGUUUGUAAAAUACUAUCCGUUGGCUGUUGUAUGUCUCGGAAGCUUGGGAAAUUGUAUAUCAGUACUAGUGUUUUUUGGAACAAAAUUACGAAAACAAUCGUCAUCAUAUUAUUUAUCUUCGUUAGCAAUCAGUGAUACAUUAUUUUUAUUAAUACAACUGAUGCCUGUACUACCCAAAGUUGGUAUCAGGAUAUACCAUAUGCAAGGUUUUUGUCAAUUUUUCGUCUACUUUGCUCAGAUAUGUAGUUUUAUUAGCGUAUGGCUAGUUGUAGUGUUUACAUCAGAACGUUUUAUAGCUGUACGAUAUCCAUUACACAGAUCAGUGAUAUGCACAGUAUACAGAGCUAAAAUUGUACUAAGCAUAUUAAUCACGUUUGCAUUAAUAGUACAUAUACCGUAUUUAGUGAUUUCAGGACCUAACGAAACACUCUUAGAAAAUAACUCAACAACGACAGAAUGUAGCUUGAACUUUUCGUGGUACGAAUUAUAUACGUGGCUAAACUAUGCAGACGUAUUGAUGAAUAUGAUGAUACCAUUUUUCCUGAUCGUCAUAUUCAAUAGCAUGAUUUGUCAAUCUGUAUGUCGGUUAGCCAGAAUAAGACGAACAAUGACACUUCACCCAUCUAGAAGAAGACAAUCUACAUCACAAAACUCACAACACACAUCUCAAAUAAAAGUCACAGAAAUGCUAUUAGUUGUGUCUACAGUGUUCUUGUGUCUGAAUCUGCCAUCAUACGUAUUCCGAGUAUGGAUGGUAUGGGAUAAUAUAACAUCAGCAAAGUACAAAACUAUACAAGUCAUUGCAAAUCAAAUGUACAACACACAUUUUGGAAUAAAUUUCGUACUUUACUGUGUCAGUGGCCAAAAUUUUCGAAGAGCUUUGGUUGAACUUUGGAAUAAAAGAAGACAUUCCAAUAAAAAAUUAAAGGAAACUCAGGUUACAACAGUAUUAUCAGAAUUUUCAAAAAGUGGGGUUGGAUCAAAACAAACUACCGUCAACGGAACUUGGAAAGAAGUCCAUGAACUCAUACCAAUCGCACACAGUUAAUGUCUUAAGGAUUUACUCACUUUUGAAAAUAAUGUACAUAUAUGGUAAUAUAAUAUACAUUAAAUGCAGUAAUUAUGUUGUAAGGUUAGAUAGGGAUAAAGAAGGUGGUGCGUGGGAGAAAAUUCUCCUCCCAAUCCCCCCUUUCUUAUAAAAGCUACCAAUAUAAAAUUAUUAUAGCCAACAAUUACAAGUAAAUAUACAUUAACGAGAUAUAUAAUAUGUUAACAGUUUAUUAAAUCCCCUCCUGGCUCCUACCAAUAUACCAAUAAAUGCUCUAAAUCUGCGAUUGUUAGAAAUAAGCAUUAUACUAAUAUUAAG